AUGACCAAUCGCACUCUCGGAAAGGAUAAAGCUCCGAUUUGCAUUGAGCUCAACAAACUUCCAUUGGACCCAGCGUUUGUAGAAGAAAUGAAGAUGGUUCGAUAUGCCAUAUUGAUAUUUAAAGUCAAAACCAUCCUGGAAAAAGAAUAUCAAAAUGAUCCUAACUGCAACGUUAGUGGCUUGAAAGAUGAGCAAGGCCGAGAGAUUGACAUGGCCGAAGAAGAAGAUGAAAAGAGUAAUGAAGAAGAUGAAGGCGAAACUGACGAUGUCGAGGAUGCAGAUGAUGAGAACGAUGAUGAUGAUGAUGAUGACAAUGAUAAUUCGGGUAAUGACAGCGAUAAUGGGGCUGACCCAACCUAUGACAGUGAAUCUCCUCUCUUGGUCGGUCCUGAUUACGACACUGUUCCCGAAAGAUUUCCAACUCAAAAAUCACCCUCCAACAGUGAUGACACAAGGGAAGCUUCACAACAAGAUGAAGACGUUUCAACUGAUCAUCCUGAGGAUCUGUCUCGAGCUCUCGUCCCACAUGUUCAACCCAUGGACGAGACUCCGAUAAAACGAGAGGAAGCAGUUGUACGUGGGGGCAUACUGGAAGCCUCACCAAUCCUUCUUAGCUCAGCUAGUGGUGGCAAAAAGGAUGCACCACUUCAAGAAAACCAGGUGAAUACCCCACAAACCAAUAUUGAAGAUGAAUCUCCUCCAGUGUCCCCACGAAAUGUCAUGAACCUCAUGAGGGAUACAGUUCAUGCUGCCGAAAUUACACAUCAGCAAUACUUGACUCUUCGGCAAAGGGACACCGAAGUUCUGGAAAACUUAUCCAAGAAGGAACUCCAUGAACUUCAUACCGCUGUCAACAAAGUGGCUCGUCAACAGCACAAACUUAAGCACUCCCACUACAGCCUCAAAGAGCGUGUUAACUUAGCUUGCUCAAAGAUAGAGACUUCACAAGACAAUACAUACCAACUGGGACAGUAUGCUCUUCAAAUUCUCGGGUAUGCUCAAAACAUUCUGAAUGCAGUUAAUAAACUUUCCACCGUUCCUCCUACCACGUGUGCCGAUGAUGCCAAAAAGGGGGAAAAGCGAAAUCAUGAUGAUAAGGAUGACGAUCAUCCGAGGGAGAACACGAGAGAACGCUCUCCAUCUCAUACACCAAGAGACUAUGGGCAAAGAAGUACAAAACCAUCAUAUCCUCCAUCCAAGUCUCGUGGCCAUCAUCCUUCCCAGUCAAGACAUUAUUCAAAUCGUGGUCAUUCUCAACCCAGAUCACAGUCUUUCAAGCCUCGUCAAUCCUAUGGUUCUGAAUCAAAAUUUGUAUUCACUGGGCUCUCCAAGAGAGAAAAGACGAACCGAAGGCAGAAACUCAUGAAGAACAACAAGACAACAUCACAUAAGCACCCAAAACGAAAGAAUCAAGAGACAAAGCAGAGAACUAUGGAGAAACACGAAGAAGAAGCCCGAAAGAGAGAGCAUGAACUGGAGGAAAGAGAAAGAGUAAAGAAGCUUAUUGAAGAUCUCACGAAAGUAACCAAACACUCUGAGCAUGGUGUCAUCUACAAUGCAGCUUUCAAAGUGCAUGCCGAGUCUGGAAAAAUCUACAGAGAAGGAAUGAAUUCCUUCGAACUCAUCUCAUGGUGGAAAGCUGGAGUAAUUGCAGGAGCAAACAUUCGCGAGGCUUACAACAAUUACAUAAGUCUCAACACUCGAGGAAAAUACGAAGAUCUAGUCAGGACAAAUCCAAUCAAGAUCUUCAGAGAACGAAUCAACAAGGAGAUCGACACCGAUAGAAUGCUCAAACAGCAAGAGGAAAGGGAAAUUCGUGAACGAGAAGAAGCUAAGCUAUAG